AUGAAUCCGCUAAUUAGGUCAGUGAUUAGCAAAUCAUAUUCUCCAAUGGGGAAAUUUUCGGUUUCGAUAUCCAGAUCAUUUCAUCUGAUGAUACCUAACCGAAGCUUGGGUGAUUUCCAGCCAACAUCUACCCCAUCCCCUCCAAAGCUUCCAGAAGAAGACCAAGAAGAAUUUGAAAGACUCCAAAAAGUUGCAAACUCUCAAGUGAUUAUUGAAGAAUACAAUAAUGAGGGAAAUCCAGAUGCUGCUUAUUCUAAGUCAAAUCCAAAUAUCAAAGAAACUACAGAUAUUGGUAACUUCCCUUCGUAUUUUGCAACCAUUCCAGAGUUUGAAGGCGACGUGAAUCCUAAAACUGGUGAAGUUGGCGGACCUAAACAAGACCCGCUCAGACAUGGUGAUUAUUCGUUCAACGGAAGAGUCACUGAUUUUUAA